AACUGAAUGUUUGAAUAUCACACACAAACCAAUUCAGAUUAUAACUGUAUACUUUUUCACGGUCAUUAUAUUGUGCUUUAGGAUAAUGGCGAACAAUUGGACUGUAUGUGGUAUAUGUGAUUUUCGUCAGAUAACUAAAUCAUCAGUAAUUUGGUGUUCCGAAUGUGAUGAAGGUCUAUGUCAGGAGUGUACUGAACAUCACACCAUCUCCAAGGCAACUAGGGGGCAUACUACAGUUUCUAUCGAUGAAUACAAGAAACUAUCAUCGACAAUUCUAGAAAUAACACAAACAUGCAAAAGCCACAACGAAAAGUUCCAAAUAUACUGUAAUAAGCAUGAGAGUCCAUGCUGUAAAAAGUGCAUUGUGGAGACUCACAACAAGUGUAAAGAAUUUGUUGAUAUUGAUGAUGUCGUCAAAGAUGUAAAAUCUUCAAAUGCGUUCGUGGACAUCGAACACACCUUGGCAGAAAUUUUGGAAAAUAUUAAAAGAAUUCAAAAAGAUCGUGAAGAAAAUUUGAAAGCAAUCAAGGAAACAAGAGAAGAUAUCGAGUCUCAAAUAAAAAUGACAAAACUAAAGAUCGUGAACUUUCUUGACAUACUCCAAGAAGACAUAUUAAAAGAACUGAGCGAAAUAGAGGAAUCGGAGAGCAAACAAAUACGGAAAUUGUUAACAUUAGUACAACAAACGGAAAAAGACGUAAUGGAAUACCAAAAUAACAUAGCGAACAUAAAACAACAUGCAUCAGAUCUUCAGGCAUUCUUGUACCUUAAACAAAUAGAACAUGAGGUAGACGGAAAGGAUAAAUUGAUUCAAACAGUAGUUGAGAACAAAAAUUUAAAUCAUGCUACUCUGUCUUGGAAGAUUAGCUCUGGUGUGCAGAAUUUUCAGACCAGUACCUCAACAUUUGGGAAAAUUGUUGUCGAUUCCAAAACAAGUGGCAUAUUUAUUGGAAGCAGAAAAAACAAACAAGCUCAAAUCACGGUCGGCAAUCUAGAACAUAAAUCAAAGAAGACUGAUACUACGAGAGGCAGAAACAUAACUGGGUGUUCCGGUCCUGCGUUUAGAUGGUAGAAUUUUUUUUUGUGAAGACAUGAAGAUUGUUCUAAAAAAUGGCGGAUCAAAACCAAAAAUAUGUUAAAUCCGACCAUGAAACAUUUUAUGUAGAACGGAGAGAGGGAAGGAAGUUUAUUUGCUAUCACUACUAUCGUCUACAAAAGAUUCAUCAGUGACGUUCGAAUCAAAGAAUUAAAGAUGAAGAUGAAAGUAUUUUACCUUUUCCUCUCGGUAACUCAUUUGCAACGUUUACGUAGUCGGAAACUAAUUGUCAAAUAUUGUCGUCAUCUAGCCGGCUGGAAAAAGAAGAAAAGCAUUAUUAUCGUCUGCUAAUGGACUUGAUCUGCCUCAUGUUUUACAUUAUGACCGAAAAAUAACCAGCUGUUAGUUGCAAACGAAUGCGAACAUGCAUUUCUCAUGUUUCUGUUCAAUGUAAAAUUCCUGUGAACUAUCACAUUUAUUGCUUUUUAUAUCUUAAGAAAAAUUGUUUUUGUGCAAUAUUUAAGUCGUUUGCCAUCUAUCAUUUUCGUAAUUUUUUAUUUCUAAUUCAAUGAUUUUAACAGUCUUAAUAAAUUUUGAUUUGAUUUA